CUCGGGUGUGAUUUUAGCUACCUCAUUUCGAAACUGAUUAGCUUUAUCUCAUUCACGGCAACUUAUAAAACCCAUGAGACCAUUUUUUCUCGGGCAUUUUGUGGUGAAAAUUCAGUAGAAAAAGAUGAAGAUCUUCGUGGUUUUAGUGGCUUUUCUUGCAUUUUCCGUGACUGAGAGCCUUAUUGCUCCAGAGAAUUUUGUGAUCAAUGGAUUAAAUGCCACGGUAACUCCUCAUCAUGUUAUAGUAGAGUUCUUCAAUGCAGCUAACUUGGGAUUCUUUGGAGGGGGAUCAAUCAUCACUAGCAAUCACAUUCUCACAUCUGCCCAAAAUGUUCAUACAUUUGUUCGAUGGAGAGUGGGCUAUGGAAGUUAUCGUCGUCUGGAGGUGACUUGGACUGAAUCAACUAAUGCUGUAACUCAUCCUCAAUAUGCCCCAACAACAAGGAACAAUGACAUUGCUAUUAUUACUCUCCCAAAUCAUCUCGUUUUCACUGCUCGAGUCCGCCCAAUUGCCCUCCCACCCGCUGGUUUAGAUCUGCCCUUCCAGAAUGAACAGGGCAUGAUCCUGGGCUUCGGCUUCACCGAUGGAGUGACUAAUCAACCUGCAGAUAACUUACGCUAUGGCUACGUACGUGUUCAGCCAGAUAAUUUCUGUACCAGCAUCUUCCACAUUGUAAUUCCCAAUCACUUCUGCGCUACCGACAACAGAUUUCCUGUUAACAUCUGCAAUGGUGACAUUGGAGGAGGAUUCACAACUUUCUACAGGAGUGAAGAGAUUCUCGUGGGAGUUAGCUCAAUGCUCAUCGAGAAUUGCCAUAUCCAGUGGCCAUCAGCCUACACAAGGGUAUCUCAAUACCUUCCCUGGAUCCACCAGGUCAUUGGAGUGUAAAUAAAUCUUUAUAAAGCAAUAAAAAUCUAAUUACAAAGAAGUUUUGAUUAGUUUUUCUUCUUGA